GAUCUUAUGUUUACUUUAUAUUAAGAAUAUGUGGGGUCAUUGAAUUAUUAUUAUACAUAUAUAUAAACAGUAACACAUAUACAUAUACAUAGGAUGUAUAAGAAUCUGCAACCCCAUUCAUAAAAUACUAAUUCUAAAGCCUGAUAGUAACUUGCAAAUUGUUGGUGGGACUUGGGCGGCAGUGACCAGACCGGAUGGCAUAUAUACCAAACUUACUAAACUCUCUCUAUCUCUCGCACAAACACAACAGGCACAAUUAAGUUAAGCACAACUCCAAUGGCGCUACAAACCUGCUGGUUAUAGGCCCCAUGCACAAUGAACCUAUCUAAUCUACUUUCUGUUACUGAUUCAUUCAUUCUUGCCUUUCCUAUAAUAUGGCAUUCCCUACCUACCUUGUACCAAAACCUCUGAUCUUCUUCUAUUCAACCUCUGGGCCAUUUCUGUAUCUCUCUUACAUGAUUAAUUGCUAGCUUCACAUGGAUUAGUUAGAGUUUAUAUAUCCCUGCUGCAGGCUGCAACUUAUUCUUUGAUUACCAUAAUAAUUUAUCACCCCACCUACAACUUGAUCGAAUAUAUUUUUAUAUGGCAAGAGAUCGGCAGGAGGGGCAAUUUUCAGCAGGGACUGUGAACCGUGAUCCUAAUAAUGCAGGGCCGUCUCCUAAUUUUCAUUUCACUGUGAAGGUUCGCCCAUGCUUGCCUGGUUUCCUUAAUUCAGUUAAUCUCAAAUAUGUAAAACUUGGUUAUCAUUAUCUCAUUUCCCGUUCCCAUAAGUACCGCUUCUAUUUCUUCAUUGCACCACUACUUGUCAUCCUCAUCUUCACUUGGCAAACAAGAAAGUUCUUCAACUGGGAAUUAGACUUGUAUUGUCCAAAAUUUCUACUUGGGAUAUCCUUAGCACUGAUACUGUAUAUUUAUUAUAAAUUGGCUCCAUGCUCUAUUUAUUUAGUCGAUUUUUCUUGUUAUCGUCCACCCAAUGAGCUCAAGAUCUCAAAGGAGGAGUUUAUUCAAUUGGCAACAAAAUCAGGCGACUUCAGCGAUGCUUCCAUAGAGUUUCAGCAGCGAAUCCUCAAGAAUUCUGGCAUAGGCGAUGACACAUACAUGCCAAGAGUAGUUUUUCGUCCUGAUUACAAAAUAAGCUUAAAGGAUGGCAGAGAGGAGGCUGCCAUGGCCAUGUUUGGAGCGGUGAAUGAUCUCUUUGCUGCAACCAAAAUCCGUCCCAGCAACAUCAGUAUCCUUGUUGUAAACUGCGGAAUCCUAAAUACUACUCCAUCGUUGUCAUCAAUGGUGAUAAACCGGUUCAAGCUGAGGCAUGACAUCCGGAGCUUCAAUCUUGGUGGUAUGGGAUGCGCGGCGGGAAUCAUAGCCAUUGAUCUGAGUAAAGACCUUUUGAAAGCAUAUCGUGGUUCAUAUGCACUGGUGGUGAGCACAGAGGCUGUGACUCAUACGUGGUAUAAAGGCAAUGACCUCCAAAUGCUCCUUCCCAAUUGCUUCUUUCGGAUGGGGGCUGCUGCCAUGCUGCUCUCUAGCUCCCGCCAAGAAAGAUGGCGAGCCAAGUAUCAGCUCAAGCAGGUGGUUCGAACCCACAAAGGCAUGGAUGAUAGAAGCUUUAAAAGCAUAAGAAUAAAGGAAGAUGACAAAGGGACACAAGGUCUGCAAGUUAGCAAAGACAUGAUGGAGAUUGGUGGGCAUGCACUCAAGGCCAACAUCACCACCCUUGGCCCCCUCGUUCUCCCACUUUCUCAACACUUGCAUUUCUUCACCACUUUGAUGUUCAAGAACAAGACGAAAACAACAAAGGCUUAUAAGCCUUACAUCCCAAACUACAAGUCGGCCUUUGAGCAUGUCUGCAUAGUGGCAACAAGCAGGAAAGUGCUCGAUGAAAUCCAAAGAAACUUGCAGCUUACGGAGGAGUACAUGGAGGCGUCAAGGAAAACUUUGGAACGAUUCGGAAACACUUCAAGCAGUAGCAUGUGGUAUGAACUAAGUUACUUGGAAUGGAGGAGGAGGAUCAAGGGUGGCGACCGUGUUUGGCAAAUUGCUUUCGGCUCAGGAUUUAAGUGUGGCAGUGUUGUUUGGAAAGCUCUUAGUAGGGUUGGGAGGCCAAAGCGACAGAGUCCAUGGGAUGAGAAUUAACCAGAUUUUCUUAACCAUUAGUACAUUGUUUAUUAGUAGUUUGUUUUUGUACCCUAAAUUCUUAGAUAAGCACAGCUGCAUCUCAGACUUUUGAGCUAAUUCAACAUUAACAGUUGAUUUCUGCAUCCAUACCUGAAUUACCCUUUAUAAAUAUUAAUUAGUGUAUAUAAUCACUUACAUAUGCUUAGUAACCUUUAUAACAGAUUAAAAGAUUAAUAUAACAAUAAAUAACAGAUACAAAUCAAAUAUCAAAUCGAGGUACCCAUUCUAUGACAAUUCUCAACACUUUAACCUCCAUUUUUGUACCUUUAGUGGGAGUCACUAUGGAAAAAGAGGAAAAACCUCCAACUCAUAGGUAGCAAUUAAAUCAUUAUAUAUACAUACAUACAUAUAUAUAUAUAUAUAUACACAUAUAGAAAAAAGGGAAAACCUCCAACUGACAGGAAGCAAUUAAAUCAUAAUAUAAAAAAGGGAAAGCCUCCAUCUUACAGGAAGCAAUUAAAUCAUUAUAUAUAUAUAUAUAUAUAUAUGUACCUUUUAUCAUUUGUAUAACAGCCAGUUAAUCAAGAGCCAAAAAUGGCAGAAAUACUCACCCAACAAAACGGAGGUACAUUUUCAGUUACAACAUCGAAACCAAAGGUCAAAGAAGAUAAAAGAUUAAUAUUGGGGGCAUAUUAUGCUACAAACACGAAUUAUAAACAAAUAGACAAAAACACUAGUCCAGUCUUCAUCUAACUUCCACUGCUCCAAAAUGUGGAUGAAUAUGAAUAUGAGAAGGUAAAGGAGGGAGUCCAGCCAACAAGCGAUUAAGAACUUCAACUCGAGGUACGGUUAAUAAAUUGAC